AUGGUCUGUAAUCUAGCCUCUGCCUGCAGUCCCGUCAUCUUCUUUCGCGCUUCUGUAGAUUCCGAUCUCUACCUUAUCUCCUCUCCAGAUUGUUUCAGUUUUUCUCCCGGUGGUUUGAUCAUUAGGGAACGCCGGUGAACAUUGUCGUCGGUUCGCAUGUCUGGACAGAGGACCCGGAGCUCGCUUGGAUCGACGGGGAGGUCACGGAGAUCAAGGGCGGCAACGCCAAGAUACUCACCGCCCAUGGGAAGACGGUGAGUCAAUUCUCGUAUGGACUGAUGCUAGCUUCAUUUCCAUAUCCUCGUUCUCGGACAAACAUGGUUGGAUCUUCUUCGAUUUCCCUUUUUCACUCAAAUUUCUUUGAAUAUUGAGAAAUCGGGCGAUCCCACGGUUGACUUUGAAUCUGCUUAUGAUUUACAUGGCCGUGAAAGAAAUUAAUCGUUUAGAUCCGAUCGAUGGCGAGAAUCACAUCAUUUCAAUGUAGACAAAAUUAUUCUCUCUCCUCUCUCUCUCUCUCUCUCUCUCUCUCUCUUCCUUUCCUCGUUAAUUACAGCUCUUUUCGCCAUGGAAACAAACUCUGGAUCUUGUUGAUUUGCAUCCUUCAUAAUCGCAGUAUGUUUUGUUUUGGUGGAUUACAGAUUGUGGCGAGGUUGUCCGAUAUUUAUCCAAAGGAUACGGAGGCUCCUCCAGCCGGGGUUGAUGACAUGACCAAGUUAGCCUACCUCCAUGAACCAGGAGUUCUUCAGAACCUUGCAUGCCGCUUUUCCCUCAAUGAGAUAUAUGUACGAUCUCUUCUUCUUCUUCUUCUUCUUCUUCUUCUUCUUCUUCUUCUUCUGCUGCUGCUGUUGCUUCUGCUAAUCUGGUUUUCUUCGGAAUGUAUCAACAGACAUACACAGGGAACAUCCUGAUUGCUGUGAAUCCCUUCCGGAGACUCCCUCACUUGUAUGACGUCCACAUGAUGGAGCAGUACAAGGGGGCAGCCUUCGGAGAGCUCAGCCCCCACGUCUUUGCUGUCGCGGAUGCUUGCUUCAGGUUGGGAUGAACAAUUGAAAAACUUGAGAAAAGAAGAAAAAAAAUUCUCAUUCGCCAUAUCCUCACGCGUCUACUCUUUCCAUGGCUGCUUUAAUCCAGGGCCAUGAUACAUGAGCAAGGAAGCCAGUCUAUCUUAGUGAGCGGGGAGAGUGGCGCCGGAAAGACAGAGACGACGAAGAUGCUCAUGAGGUAUCUCGCAUUCAUGGGAGGAAGAACAGGCACCGAGGGAAGAACAGUGGAGCAGCAGGUCCUAGAGGUAAAUUUUUGUCUUCCAUUAUCAGAGAAUGACGAAGAACAAAAGAGCAAGAUAAGAUUCUGACUGUGAAUAAUCUCGCGCAGUCCAAUCCGGUUCUGGAGGCGUUCGGGAACGCGAAAACUGUGAAGAACAACAAUUCUAGGUGUGAAAUUCGACCUCCGCUAUCUUCCGACCUCGCAGGGAAUUGCUCUGGAACCUCUUCUGACGCAUCAAAUUCCAUGCGAUCCGUUAUAACAGCCGCUUUGGGAAAUUCGUGGAGAUCCAGUUCGACAGGCACGGGAAGAUUUCUGGUGCCGCGGUGAGGACUUACCUUCUCGAGCGCUCCCGGGUCUGCCAGGUUUCCGAUCCCGAGAGGAACUAUCAUUGCUUCUACAUGCUCUGCAACGCCCCCCCAGAGGUACGAACGUGCCCAUCUUCCCCUGAAUCCGCAUCAACUUCAGAUAUUCUGGAGCUGCGCGAGGUUAAUCCCCACUGAUGAAAGUAGCGGAAGUUCUUCAGGACGUUAAGAGGUUUAAGGUAGGGGACCCGAGGCAAUUCAGAUACCUGAACCAGACCAAUUGCUAUGAAGUAGCCAAUGUCGACGAUUCCAGAGAGUAUCUGCAAACCAGAAACGCCAUGGAUAUUCUAGGGAUCGAUCAGGAGGAACAGGUCAGUGGGGUUCUUCGGCUUCUGGCUGAGUCCACGUACUGAGCAAAACCUGACCUUCGGCCUCGUUUUCCCAAGCUCAGGACGCCAUAUUCAGGGUGGUUGCCUCGAUCCUCCAUCUGGGGAACAUCGAAUUCGCCAAGGGCAAUGAGGUCGACUCGUCAAGGUUGAAGGAUCAGAAGGCGAUCUCACACCUCAAGACGGCCGCUGAGCUGCUCAUGUGCGUUGACUUCUUCUCCCAUCGCACCAAUCUGUCCCGUGGAGCCUACCUCUCAUGAACAAGAAAAAAUAAUCAUCGCACUCUACUCUGAUGCAAAAUGGAUGAUUUAGGUGUGAUGAGAAGCAGCUUCAAGACUCUCUCUGCGAGAGGGUGAUUGUGACACCAGAUGGAAACAUUACAAAGCCACUUGAUCCAGAAUCGGCUGCUCUGAGUCGUGAUGCCUUGGCGAAGACUGUGUAUUCCAGGCUAUUCAACUGGUAAGUAGCAUGAAAAUAAAACCUCCAUAUUUUUUCCAUUCUUCUCCGGUCUAAACCAUGGUGAUUGAGGAAGAACUGCCCCCAAUCUUAUAUAAUUAUCUAUUAUUUUAACGAGAUUACAGCGGUAAAUAUAAGAAAUAUAUUUCUUGUGCCCUGAUCUGACUUGCCCUUUCCUAUGAAAUGACCCCAGGAUCGUGGACAAAAUUAACAGCUCCAUUGGGCAGGAUCCUAAUGCAGUAAGCAUCAUCGGCGUACUUGAUAUCUAUGGCUUUGAGAGCUUUAAGAUCAACAGGUAAACCGUGUGAGAAACACAUUUUCUUCAAGCUGAACCGUGGCGAUGCUUUAAUUAAUCACAAAAGGCUUCUUAUUCCGGCUGAUAAAGUUUCCGUCUUCUAGUUUUGAGCAGCUGUGCAUCAACCUUACCAAUGAGAAGCUACAACAGCAUUUCAAUCAGGUAAGGAUCAAAGUAUCAAUUAAAUGGAAUUAAAAUAUGAGUGAUAUCUGCCUUUUCUAACCGGGUUGCAUAUUUUCCAGCACGUAUUUAAAAUGGAGCAGGAGGAAUAUACGAGGGAAGAAAUCGACUGGAGUUAUGUCGAAUUUGUGGAUAACCAGGACGUGCUUGAUCUGAUAGAAAAGGUACUUCAAUAAGAAUCUUUAGUGUAAGAUAAUUUUUUGAAGAAAAAAAGGACUCUUCGUCAAUAAUCAUCUUUAUUCCCUGACAGAAACCGGGUGGAAUAAUUGCGCUCCUCGAUGAAGCAUGGUAUGACCAUGUUGUAGAGAUAUUCUCCGCGUGAGCAUUUCCUUCGCAACCGUCAUUCUUGACCGCCCUUCUUGCAGCAUGUUCCCGAAGUCAACGCAUGAGACAUUUGCCCAGAAGAUGUACCAGACGUAUAAAGGGCACAAGCGUUUCAGCAAACCGAAGCUAGCUCGAACUGCCUUCACCGUAAAUCAUUAUGCUGGAGACGUAAGAAAACUGGGGUAAAUAUGUCGAUGAAUAUGUGAGAAGUUAAAUGAGCAUGGAUUUGUGAUAUAAAAUGUCUUCCCUUUGGCAGGUAACUUACCAAGCUGACCAAUUCUUGGAUAAGAACAAGGAUUAUGUUGUUGCAGAGCAUCAGGCCUUGCUCAAUGACUCCAAGUGCCCGUUCGUCGCAAAUCUCUUCCCCCCAUUAGCAGAGGAGUCUUCCAAGCAGUCCAAGUUCUCUUCCAUCGGCACUCGCUUUAAGGUACGUUGACCUGUGAGAAAGAAGGCAGAAGUCAAAGUCAGCCCCGUAUUAAUUUCUAAUCCCCAGCCUUUAUCUUGAUCUCGAAAACAACAGCAACAAUUGCAAUCUCUCAUGGAAACCCUCAGCACCACAGAGCCCCACUACAUCAGAUGCGUGAAGCCCAACGCCGUUCUGAAACCCGCGAUCUUUGAGAACUUCAACGUCUUGAGUCAACUCAGAUGCGGGGUACGUCACAAAUCCGUACAUUCCCCUGAUUUUAGUUUCCCCGUUUUACUUUUCUUAUGAUCGUAACAGGGAGUUCUUGAGGCGAUCAGAAUAAGUUGCGCCGGGUAUCCCACAAAGAGAACAUUCGACGAGUUCCUCGAUCGCUUUGGAAUGCUUGCACCGGAUGUUCUUGAUGGGUAUCCCUUUUAUCCUCUGAAAAAGCCUCAGAAACGAUCAAUGAGAAACCUUGGCGCGGGAUCGUGGACUGAUACAUUGUUUCUCUCUUUCAUUCUUUCAUUGGCAGCUCUGACGAGAAGUCUGCGUGUGCUGCCAUCUGUGACAGGAUGGGUCUGAAAGGAUAUCAAGUAAGUCUGGUGCAAGUGGAUUAUCUUGAACAAUUUUCUCGAAGAAUUAGAAUUCGAUUUCCAUGAACAUGAAGAACGAAGGUGUUUCUGGCUCAGAUUGGGAAGACGAAGGUGUUUCUGAGGGCCGGGCAGAUGGCUGAACUGGAUGCCCGAAGGAUUGAGAUCUUGGCCAACGCUGCCAAACUGAUCCAGAGACAGAUACAGACCCAUCUGACCAGAAAACAGUUCGUCAUCCUGAGGAAGGCCGCCAUUCAGUUCCAGAAGCUUCGGAGAGGUUUCUCACUCAUCCAUGAUCCCAUUCCGCGAAUAAAACAGGUUUUCAGUUGGUGACAGAGAUUUUUUUAUUUUUUUUCUCUAUCUCUCUCUUAAUCCAGCGGUACUUGCGAGAAAGCUCUAUGAACAGAUGAGGCGGGAAGACGCUUCCGUCAAGAUACAAAAGAAUUUGCGCUCACGCAGAGAAAUAAAGGCUUACACCAAUCUAAGGGCAUCGGCGGUCGUUGUACAGACAGGUUUACGGGCCAUGGCUGCUCGUGAUGAGUACAGAUACCGAAGGAGAACAAAGGCGGCCAUAAUUAUCCAGGUUUUUUUUCAAAAAUUAAAAAGUUACUUUCUCAUGCUGGACGGGAUUAGCAUGCUUCCCUGCUUCAUCAUAAGAACACAACCAAAAGAAGUAAUUUUAACUCUAAAUUAGUUAAAAAAAAACUUAAUCAGGAGUUUCUCUAGCUUAUCCUGCACAGAUUUUCAAAGAAUAAUUUAGUGAUUCAACGUUUUUCUCAGACUCACUGGCGGAGAUACCGAGCGCAUUUCACCUACAAGCAGCAGAAGCAGGCGAGCUUAACGCUUCAAUGUCUCUGGAGGGGACGCGUAGCAAGAAAGGAGCUCAGAAAGCUCAAGAUGGUGAGUUUUGCCUGCCAGAAUGGAGCUUUGUAGUUCCCAUUUGAUUCAUCUUCAUCUGUACCUGUGCUUGCCAUUGGAAGUAGAUCGCCAUGUUCUUCCUUCUCUACCCAGGCCGCCAGAGAGACCGGGGCUCUCAAGGAAGCCAAGGACAAGCUGGAGAAGAAGGUCGAAGAGCUCACAUGGCGAUUAGAGCUUGAAAAACACUUGAGGGUGAGUGAAGCGUCAUCUUUUUGUUUCCAACUAGGGUUCUAUGGAGAUGGUUGAUCCACGGCUUCUGUUCAGGCCGACCUCGAAGAAGCGCAAGCGCAAGAAAUCGCACGGCUGCAGUGUUCUCUGCAAGAGAUGCGAGAGCAGCUGGACGAGGCCAACGCCGCCAUCGCUCUAGAAAAAGAGGCUGCGAGGAAGGCGAUCGAGGAAGCGCCUCCGGUGAUCAAGGAGGUGCCCGUCACUGACAACACCAUGCUGGAAUCAUUGACAAACCGCAAUAACAAGCUCGAGGUUCGUAUUCUUGCAGACUGAUUUACCUCCAUCUUUUUUUCAUUUACUUCUCCAGGUUAUAGAGAUUGAGGGUUCAUCAUCUACCUACAAUGCGUUCCAAUCAAAUUGACUUUGAAUCAAUGCAGGAAGAACUGAGCGAAUUCAAGAUCAAGUCCGACGAAUUUGAGAGAAAGUUCUCCGAGGUACAGAAAAAGAAUGAAUCGCUGCUCAAGGAGACGGAGGAAUCACAGCUGAAGAUGGGUCAGCUACAGGAAAUGAUUGACCGGUAGAAUCUGAUGAUUUCUCUCUUUCUAUAUUAUAUUCUAUAAAGCCAAUGAUCAUAAAUGUCCGUGGUUUUUCUUCACCUGGCAGGCUCGAGGCAAAUCUCUCCAGUCUGGAAUCUGAGAACCAGGUUCUACGGCAGCAGGCUUUAGUAGCCUCAGCAAACGAAGAUCUCUCAGAAGAAAUUAACAAGUCAGUGAAAAUAAUUAUUUACCCGAAUUCCAGCAUUAUUUUCUAUGAAACGUAUCUAAUCGGACGUUUUAUUUUUUUAAUUUUCAGUCUUGAGAUCAAGAUUGCAAAACUAGAGUCAGAGAACGAACUGCUCCGAAAUCAGUCAGUAGAAGCAACAACAGAGAUGCUGAACCUUGACUCAGAUCGGCCAGCAGUAACAGAGGUAUGCUUUUCAAUGGGUGUUCUACCUGACAGAGGUAUGCUUUGCAAUGGGUGUUCUACCUGCUUCGAACUUACUCAAACAUUCUUAUUGAUACUUGGCGAAGGUUCAGAUCCUUGGAAAUGGCCACAAAGUCGCCGAAGAACUCAAACCGAGUAAAGUAAGCGCGAUUAAUGAAAAAUUGAUUCCUUGGUGCAUGAAAUUACUUCUAAAUCGGCCACUGAACCCUAAACUGAAUUCGGAUUCCCCCAAAAGGAUUCGUCGGGAGAAUUGCUUGCAUCUGCGCUGAGUAAACAGAAGUCGUUGACCGACAGGCAGCAGGUUUGCAUUCAAUCCAAGUUUCUUUUAUUUUAUUUUAUUUUAUUUUAUUUUAUUUGCCUAAGAAACUAUUAUCCUGUUCUUGAGGAAAAUCUCGAUACCCUCAUCAAGUGCCUAGCGGAAGACAAGCGAUUCGACGGGACCAGGCCUGUAGCCGCCUGCAUUGUCUACAAAUCACUGAUACAGUGGCGAUCAUUCGAAGCGGAGAAGACAACCAUAUUCGAUCGCAUCAUCCACACGAUAAGAUCGUCCUUGGAGGUGACCGAUCUUCCGGUUAAAACCCAGAAUGAACAUUCGUCCGUUGAACCUCACUCGUAUCUCUCAUGAUUUAUCUCAGAACCAAGACAAUGUGGGGGAGCUCGCUUAUUGGCUCUCGACGGCAUCGACUCUUCUGUUCUUGGUGCAGAGCACGCUCAAAGCUAACACCAACAGCCGCAAUCAUGCGCCGUAUGUGGCCUCGCGCAGAAGCAGAGCCAUGGGCGAGUCUCUGUUCGGCAGAAUCGUAAGUAUUUCUGAUUCAUAUCAGCAGAACUCGGCCAAGGUUAUCUUUAUGAGCAUUUAAAUCGACACAGAGCGGUCGCCCUGCACCUUCAGCCGUGGGAAUGAUCUCCAGUGGGUACAGUGGGAUGGCAGGAGGCGCCGACGCCUGCUCCAGAGUGGAACCCAAGUACCCCGCCCUGCUCUUCAAGCAGCACCUCACCGCCUACGUUGAGAAAAUAUAUGGGAUGAUCAGAGACGCCCUGAAGAAGGAGAUCAGCCCCUUCUUGAACCUCUGCAUUCAGGUACUCGUUCGUCUCAUCUCUGAACCUGAAAAAAAAAAUUAAAUUAUAUAUGCAUAUGAGCAGACAUUUAUGUUAAUUAAUCGACAGGCACCGAGAUCCGGGAGGCCUAGAUUGAUAAGGGGGUCUUCUAAGAGGGUUCAUCCAGGCAUGGCGGCUAAGCAGGCAUCGAGUGUGCACUGGCAGAGCAUCGUCAAUAGCAUGGAUGAUUUCUUGAAUAUAAUGCGUCGGAAUCAUGUAAGCGGGCACUUUUAUUGAGUUAAUACCACAUAGAAUCCGACGCAAUAUUGUUCGAUUUAAUCUCCACAGGUUCCUUCUGUGAUCACGAGGAAGACCUUCAGCCAGGUUUUCUCCUUCAUCAACGCGCAGCUCUUCAACAGGUGACGAACUCAUUCGAAAUCUUCGCACCUUAUAUCCGAUGAUUUUAUUUUAUUUUUUUCUUCCAAAGAUUCGUAGAGAUCCCCAUUUUUCUUCUUUUUACGGACGAAAUCGGGUUCCAUGCUCAGCCUCCUCCUGCGACGCGAAUGCUGCUCAUUCAGCAAUGGAGAGUAUCUGAAAGCAGGCCUGCAAGAACUUGAAGAACUCUGCUCCAGAGUCACAAAGGAGGUAGACACUCACACCCCAUCCCCACCCCCACCAACAACAAUAAUAAUAAUAAUAAUAAUAAUAAUAAUACUAAUAAAUACUAAUAAAUACUAAUAUUAUUAAUAUUAAUUAGCAUAAUAAAAAUAAUAAACAAGUGGAAGAAGAAGAAGAUGGAGAAACCGAUUCUGAUGGAAAUUUUGUCAUGUAAUUUUUUGCAGUUUGCUGGAUCUUCAUGGGAGGAGCUUCAUCACAUACGACAAGCAGUUGGCUUCCUGGUAAAAAAAUUUAAAAAUUUUAAAAAAAAGGCUAUCAACACCCGGCAUGUCCCUUGGUGACUAUUUUUGGUUAAUUUACAGGUGCUGCAUCAGAAAUCCCAGAAAUCAUUGGAAGAGAUCACAGACGAGCUCUGCCCGGUGAGUCAGAGAGAAAGAAGAGACCAGGACCCAGAAGAAUGCAUGAUGAGACUAACUAUUUAUCCUUUUUUCCUUUAAAAAAAGAUAUUUAUUUUCUUCUCUCUUCCUAGGUUCUGAGCAUCCCCCAAAUAUAUCGCAUUGGAACAAUGUUCUGGGAUGAUAAAUACGGCACCCAAGGUUUAUCUCAAGAUGUGAGUGGUCCCCAACUUAGGAACAUUCGGAGGAGGAUGAAUGAUGGUAUAAUCUUGGAAAAUAUUUAUUUAUUUUUUCAGAUAAUCAGGGAGAUGAAAUCUCUGAUGGCAGAUGACUCGUUCAACAUGGCGAACAAUUCUUUCUUGCUAGAUGAUGAUUCAAGGUGAUGAACAAACUGUUCCUCUUUUCCAAGAUCACAGCCAAUAAACAUGUAAAUCUUCAUUUAAUUAAAAUGCAAACAAAAAUAGAGGAAAAUGGAUGAAUUUUUAUUUUUAUUUUUAUUUUUAUUCAGCAUACCUUUCUCCCUGGAUGAUAUAUCCCGCUUGGUGCUCGACAUCAACCUCGCCGACGUGCAGCCGCCGCCUCUCCUCCGACAGAACUCUGACUUCCACUUCCUACUGCAACAGGCAACAGGUUAA